AGGUAUUAGAUAAAAUACAUAAGGUCUUUGUUCUCCUCCAAGUUUCGAUGGCAUCUCUCGUUUCUUGAGAGAACUGUUUCAUCUGAAGAACACCAUUCUUCUCGACUUCUCUAUUCUUACAGUUCUACCAUGGAAGGUUUUGCGGCUAUUCUCUCUGAAUCAUAGAUCGAGUCAUUGCAAAAGUUGCCUGAUGUUGUUGCUAUUACACCAGAUAGGAGGUUCCAAGUUCAGACGACAUGUUCCUACAAGUUCUUGGGACUUGGCCCCACUAGAGAAGAUGCUUGGUAGAAGUCUGGAUUUGGUCGUGGAACAAUAAUUGGGGUACUUGACACUGGAGUUUGGCCUGACAGUCCAAGCUUCAAUGAUCAAGGCAUGCCUCUGGUUCCCAAGAAGUGGAGAGGGAUUUGCCGAGAAGGGCAAGGCUUUAAUUCGUCAAAUUGCAAUUGGGAACUCAUAGGUGUAAGGUUCUAUACUAAAGGUCAUCGUAUGGCUUCUACAUCAGCAUCACCAGACUCUGUUCAGGAACACGCAUCACCAAGAGAUUCCCGUGGACAUGGAACUCACAAAACAUCGAAAGCUGGAGGAGUUUAAGUUCCAGUGGUGAGUGUGCUUGGUCUAGGUUCUGGUGUGACUCGAGGCUUGGCCCCUGGUGCUCACAUUGCAUUGCACAAGGUAUGCUGGUUCAGUGAUUGUUACAGCUCUGAUAUCCUAGCAGCAAUGUACGUCGCGAUUACAGAUGGAGUUGAUGUCCUCUCCCUCUCUCUGGGUGGAUUUCCAUUGCCACUUUUUACAGCUACCAUUGCAAUUGGAAGUUUUCGAGCAAUGGAGCAUGGAAUUUCAGUUGUAUGUACAGCAGGGAACAAUGGCCCCAUUGAAAACUCAGUUGCUAAUAAAGCUCCAUGGAUUGCUACCGUUAGUGCAAGCACACUUCAUAAGAGAUUUCCAGCUUUAGUUCAAAUAGAUAAUGGACAAUUCCUUUAUGGAGAAUCCAUGUAUCCCGGGAACCAGUUAUCACCCACAAAAGAAUUUGAACUAGUUUAUGUAACUGGUGAGGACAAUGGGAGCGAAUUUUGUUUCAGAGGUUCUCUCCCAAGGGCAAAAGUUGGUGGGAAAAUGGUGGUUUGUGACAGAGUUAAUGGGAGGACAGAGAAAGGACCUGCAGUGAAGGAGUCUGGGGGUGCUGCAAUGAUCUUAACCAAUACUGCGAUCAAUCUAGAGGAGGACUCGUUUGAUGUCCAUGUCUUGCCUGCAACAUUAAUUGGUUUUGAUGAAGCACUUCGCUUGAAAGCUUACAUAAACUCUACUAGUAAACCUAAAGCUCGAAUUGUAUUUGGAGGAACUGUUAUUAGGAAAUCCAGAGCACCAGCAGCAGAGCAGUUUUCAGCUAGAGGACCAAGUUACACCAACCCUUCAAUCCUCAAACCAGAUGUAAUUGCUACUGCAGUCAACAUAAUUGCUGCCUGGCCUCAAAAUUUAGGUAAAUCCAUAUUUAUCUCAAUUUAAUUUCUGACUAGUAGUUGGCAAUAAAGAGAAAUUUGCAUCCAAUAAAUGAAGAUAAUCUUGUAUUUCCAAGUAGCAGUAGAAGUUAAUUGUAAUUAUCAUUGUUCUUAUCUUUGAUUAGUAAUUAUCUAUUAAAUAACUGUCAAAUGUAACUCUAUUUAUUAUAGAAUAUUAUGUAUGGUAGUACAUGUUGUAAUGAAAACCUCUUUGUAUUUGAUGUGAUUUCACUAUGAGAGUGAUUCUCUUGAGUGGUGUGAGGCUACUUAUUUCUUAUUCCUUGUAAUUCUUGGUUUCUACAAUAAAGUUAUUAGAAUUCUUUCCCUCUGUCAA